AUGGCUCCAAGUAUCAAUGGGACAGGACCGGGCGCUGCUAGCUUGGAUAGCCUCGACGUCGACGAUCUUACUUCACAUGUCAUCAAAGUCUCGUCAAAUAUCGACAACGAACGAGUCAAGUUCAUCUUCAGCAGAUUAAUUCGGCAUUCGCACGACUUCAUCCGCGAGACAGAGAUUCAACGCCAUGAGUGGGAAGCCGCGUGGGAGUUUUUGACCAAGGUCGGGCAAGCUUGUCAUCCAGAAAGACAGGAGUUUAUCCUGCUCUCAGACGUGCUCGGUAUAUCUGCUUUGGUCGACCAAAUAAACAGUCGGCAACUACCAGGCUGCACCGAGUCGUCGGUUCUCGGACCGUUUCAUAAUGAGUCGCACGAGUUCAAUCACGGAGACAGCAUAUCCUCCGUCGGAGCGGGCGAAUCUAUGCUCAUCCGAGGAACAGUCAAGAACCGAAAAGGAGAGCCUAUCCAGGGAGCAUUGCUGGACAUCUGGGAGACCAACGGCAACGGAAAAUACGACAUGCAGGACCCUGAGACAGGUGGACCGGACUGUCGAGGGAAGUUCUACACUGAUGACGAGGGACGGUUUUACAUCAACGGUGUACGGCCUGUUGACUAUCCCGUGCCCUUCGAUGGUCCGGUUGGCAUUGUUCUAGAUCUCCUGAACCGACAAGCCUAUCGCCCAGCACAUGUGCACUUUUUGAUCAACCACCCUUGUUAUGAGAGGCUCAACACGGCUCUGUACGACAGGACGAGCCCAAGAAUAUUCAAAGACCCCGUAUUUGGGACGAAAAGCAGCUUGGUCAAGGACAUUGAGUGGGUCGAAGAUCUCGAAGAGGCCAAGAUGUAUAAUACAAAGCCGUUUAUGCGCGUGGUGGAUGGACAUGAAACUGAGGGGUUUUGGCUGUUGGAGCAUGACUUCAUUUUGGCGGAGGCUCAAGGGGACCGGAGCCUGAAGACUCAUCUAUAA